UGUGCUGUGCCAGUGACAUGAGAGCGCAAAGCUGAUGCAGACAGACAACACGGAACUUCCAAUUCCCACACGUUUCAUGCCUUUUUUGUUUGUUUGUUUUACUCCUGGAGAAGCAACGCCUGUAGUUUCAAAUCGUUUUGUACUCAAGAAUGGCAAGUCUGUAUAUUAAAGCUCCACUCCAAGAAAGACACGUCUUUGAGUCAAAAGUACUCAUGAUAGGAUGUGGAUGUGGAUUUUGAUCGGCCUCGACAUCAUCACAAAGGUGCACGGCUUUGCAAAUGGAAACUUCCCACAGUCGUGUGAUUCGCUGUCACCUCAGCAUGCAUCAGGAGGGACCAAUUUCCCUGCUCAGACCUCUGCAGCCCCCUUUAGGGUGGAUUUUGAGAGCAGCAACCCUGCAGAUCCCAUUACAGUUGUCCUCAGGAGCACCGGGUCCACAAAGUUUAAAGGAUUUAUGAUGGAGGCUCGAGAGGCAGCUCUAGCAGGCCGACUGAUUGGAAGUUUCAUCCCACUUGACGGUUCCACGACUCGACUCUUGAUGUGCAAUGGUUCAGCGGGUUCAGCUGUUAGCCAAAGCAACAAUCAAAGGAAGAGUUUAUUAAAAUUCAACUGGACCGCACCAGAAAUAAAUCAAGAUAUCAUCUUCAGAGCCACAUUUGUUCAGGAUUUUGCAACAUUCUGGGAGAAUGUGACGGCGACUUUCAGGUUACCCACAACCACUCCAGCACCAAGUACCACCACAACCACUCCAGCACCAAGUACCACCACAACCACUCCAGCACCAAGAACCACCACAACAACUCCAGCAUCAAGAACCACCACAACCACUCCUGCAUCAAGUAAAACAACAAUUAAUCCAACACAUACUCCGAAUAUUUCUGGAUUUGUCACAAAGCUCGGUACUGCGCUGAUGUGUGGGGACCUCUCUUUGGAGCUAGUGAAAACGGAUAUGCCAAAAAUAUUCGUAAUGGCAAAGGGGACCCACUAUCGUCGUUUCAGUGAGGUGUCAAAGACAGUGGUGAGCAUACUUUGUCUUGGAGUCGAGAUCGCGUCGUUGAUCUUGUUUGCUGUGGAAUUUUCCAGUAAUGAGAUUCUUGUUGGUCUUGCGUGCGCGGUGAUAGUGAUAAAUUUGACAGAGCACGUGAUCUGGUCCCUGACAGUCAGACGUAAACUGGAAAAAAGCGGUAUCCUCGCUGGGAAAGUGUUUUUUGUUGUCCACCAGAGCUUCACACUUGCCAUCCUCUACGUCAGUGUUAAGGUUAACUGUGGAAAGAACUGGAGAGAUUUUUGGCUUCUGAAAGUGUUGAUUACGCUCACCGUAUGGAUUUUCUUGAAUGCAGUUUGGAUUUUGGGAUUCAGCACUACAGAAAUAGAGGAAGCAAAUGAAAAAGGGCUUUUAACCUUCAUGUUUAAUAGCAAAGAAAACCCCCUGAGAACGGACAGCGGGUCUCCAGAGGUUCACUGGAGGCGGGUCACUUCUCACCCUGAGAACAAGGGGAGUGCACAGGAUCAGAAGACAACACGAGGGUUUGAUAGUGGCCAACAAAACCACAGCCAACAAAAACAAAAGAAGAAUCACACUGCAGUUCAAGUGAUUGUCUCGGUUCUCUUCAUCAUUGGAGCCACGUCUCUCGCCAUAGCUGUGAUUGUCGGCAUUUUUGGGUGUCAGAAAAACUAGGUUUGUUCACCAGUGCAGGCCUAUGAAGAUGUAUGCACAAUGAGCUGUUUUACAAAAUUUCUUUAUGUUUAUGAUGCACAUUUUUAAUUUCUUUAUGAACAAUCUAUGUUGAUGCCGUAUUGCCUCGCUUGCUGUAAAUACUAGAAUGUCAAAAAAUAACCAUUUCAUUGGUUGCACAUCAUACCAGUGCAAUAGAUUGUACAAUAGGCUGAUUCUGUGGUGGCAUUUCACAUGGUUGGUUUGUCAUUUUUCAAGGAAGUAUAAUAGUUAAGGUCAGGAGUGUUUUAAGCAUGUGAUCGUGGGCAUUGUGAGGAUAAGUGCUUCUCUAAUGAAAAGCAAAAUGUAAAUACACGGUAUAAAAGAGGAUGCCAAAUGUGGAGCAUUUGCUCAUGAUGGAAAUAUUCCUCUUUUAUGUAAUGGUGACGCUCAAUCAGCAAACUGGAACUAUCAUAACAUGUUGUCAAGCCCGUGCUUACAAGUUCCCACGAUAAUGCAACAGUUUAGAUCUGCUGCUUUGUUCUCAUAUCAGAGACUUCCCUUUUGACUUUCAUAUUCUUGUGAAUUAUUAACUGCAUUGUUAAUGUGUAGGUAACAAUUUUCUAUGUAAACAUUCAUAUUAAACCCCACAACUUCAAAAUACAAAGGUCUCUACUGUCUUCCUCGGGCAUGUUGCUGUUUUAACAAGGGAGGUUUAAAAAAAUACCUUUUCUUUCUUUGGAAAUCAGCAACCUCAUCUCUGUUGAUGACUCACCUGAUUACCAGCCACUGUCUUAGCAAAUAAUUCCCCUUGCUGUAACUUCCUUGUUUUUGUUCACAACAGUGAUGAAGGUGCAGCAGCUUUUUUUUUUUUUUACUUUUUACUUCCAUGCUGGUCAACAAACAAAAGUCAGUUUUAAAUGUUUUGAUUGUAAUUUACCUUGACCUUUAAACACCUCUUUGCUCUAUAAAUAGUCGGAUUUCUGAAGAAGUGAGUCACACCUUCUUCUUCGGAAGUGUCCAGUGAAUGAUUGAAAAUCUGUCAUCUUGCCUAGUUGGAACCUGUUUUGAAAAUCUGAAUAACCUUUGAGUAAAAAUCUUUUGUCAGCAUAUCACAAACAAAAAAAGAAAUAUUCUUGGUCAUAUGACAUAGAAAUGUGAAUGUACUCUCCAAAUGUUACAUUUUCUGUUUUGUAAAGCAUCUUUGAAUGUUUUGAAUAAACACAUUUCUAAUCAUGA